GUCAGGUGUUGUGCUCACUUAUAAACAGGUCAUUGAAGGAUUUACAAUAUUGCAGCUUUAGCUCUCUCUAAACGAUAAUAGAGGUAUUGGAGCAGGCAAAGCAUCUUAUUUUUGUUGACUAAUGUCCUUCUCAGGUGCUGGCAUAAGUGUUGAUUAAGGGAUCCAUUAAAGUAUAGUGAAAACAUGUAGGCUACUUAUUGCUAAGCUUUAUAAGGAAGGUUGACAGUGAGUCUGUUGCUGUGUAGCUGUGGAGUAUCUGUCAGACCAUGGGAACAAAACAGACUCACAUCCAUGAAGUGCAGCUGGCCUACUUCCUGCUGCGAGCGGCGCUGCUCUCUGUGCUGCUGUGCGGCCCGCAGCAAGUGGCCUCGGACUCAGAUGAAGUGGUCCAGACGGAGUGGGAGGUCUGGAAGAGCAGCUACGGCAUAGCUUACGAAGAAAUGGACGACGUGCAAAGGAGGGCCAUUUGGGAGGAAAACAAGCACGUGAUUGAAAACAAUAAUCAAGGGUUUUUCAUGGGGAUGAGGCCGUUCACUAUGGCCAUGAAUAAAUAUGGAGACCUGACGAGAAACGAGUACAAGGUUUUGCAAGGUGCCACGAUAGACUCCCAGUUUGUGAAGCGAGGGAAGACAGUCUCGGGCCGAAAGCUGCGUAUCAAUGCUAAAAAGUUAGAUGCUACGAUUGUGGACUACAGGAACAUGGGUUAUGUCACUGAGGUGAAAGACCAGGGUUACUGUGGCUCAUGCUGGGCCUUCAGCACUACGGGAGCUAUCGAGGGACAAAUAUACAAGAAGACAGGUCAGCUUGUAUCGUUGAGUGAACAAAACCUGGUGGACUGCUCCAGAUCGUAUGGUACCUACGGCUGCAGUGGUGCCUGGAUGGGCAACGCCUAUGACUACGUGGUCAACAACGGGCUGCAGUCGACAAACACCUACCCAUAUACCUCAGUGGACACCCAGCCCUGUUACUACGACAGCAGACUUGCAGUUGCCCAUAUCAAAGACUACAGGUUCCUGCCCAAAGGAGAUGAGCAGGCUCUGGCUGAUGCCGUGGCAACCAUCGGUCCAAUCACAGUAGCUCUUGAUGCAGAUCAUUCCAGCUUCCUGUUCUACAGCUCAGGAAUAUACGAUGAGCAAGCCUGUAACCCUAACAAUCUGAGUCACGCGGUGCUGCUGGUCGGCUACGGUUCUGAAGGAGGCCAAGACUACUGGAUUAUCAAAAACAGUUGGGGAAGCAGUUGGGGUGAAGGCGGCUACAUGCGAAUGGUCCGAGAUGGCAAAAACACUUGUGGCAUUGCGAGCUAUGCUUUGUACCCUAUUCUGUGAUUCUGAUAAGAUGCUUCAGUCGUGUGUUAAUGCUGAACUCUUUCACUGCUGUCAGUGGGUCUCGGAAAACAACAUCAGUUAUUGCUUUAACAGCCCAUAUCAUCUCUAAAACACUCCUGUCAUCCAUAUUUUCUGAACCUUUCUGACACUGUAUAC